GAAGCAACAACAAGUCCCGAGGAAACGGGAAGGCGAAAACUGCAUCGCCGGCCGAAAACGGACAGCCAGCACCAUGGGUCAAGUUUCACUUGACCGAGGCGGAAUACAAGUGGCGCGGCCGCUACGGCUGCUGCUAUUGGUGCAACAGCACCAAGCACAAGACCUCCCUCUGCCAGGAUCAGGGCAAGGAGGAUGUUCGGCCUCGUAUCAACUCGAGAAACUGAGUUCCGCGGGAGGUGAGGCGACUCCCACUCCGCCAGAUUCGGCCGCCUUGCUAGCGGCCUCCUACACAUCUGGGGAGGAUGCGAAUGUCGUAAGUUCUCGAUAUGCUUACGAGGACUAUGCUGUCCACUUGGUCCCACUGUUGGACCAACCGCUCCGCGUGCAACAAUCCACCGCAUGCACGGUCUCACUACCAUCGGCAACCGAGUCGGCAGCUUCGCCGCAAUCUAUAGCCAUGGAUUCGACGACAUGGUCAAGACUUGAAGAGCUCGACCCGUUGACGUUCACGAACUUCCAAUGGAUGCCCCUUCCCCGGUCCAGUCGAUUGUCGAAACCGCAUUGCAACGUGCUCAUGGCACAAUUGCGGGAUUACUUGCACACUGCAGUACCAACUCCGUUGAUGGACGCCGGAGUAAAGGUUGUCGACCUUCACGCCUACAUUGCGAAGAUCGACCGCGAGUUCAAGACACAACGGUACGACGACAUCGACGCACCAUUGUUGUACAUACGCAUUCAGAUCGGAGAGGCGACCUGCAGCGCUUUGAUCGACUGCGGAGCUACUCGCAACUACAUGAGCCAGGACUUUAUGGUACGCAUCGGCCUUGGCCCACGCGUCCGGAGGAAGUCCCAGCCUACGCAAGUCACAUUGGCGGACGGUCACACGCACAAGUCAAUAGACCGGUGCAUAGAUGACGUCCCCGUGUACUUUGCCCCGCAUGCAAGUGAGGUGGUGUCCUUCGAUAUUUUGGACACCAAAUUCGACAUGAUCUUGGGCAUGCCAUGGCUGCAAAGCGAGGAUCACCCGGUGAACUUCUACCGCCGCACCGUUCACGUUCGUGAUCGGAACGAAGUACUAGUCCCAUACACGGUACCUCCUCCUCACCCUUCGAUCAGUUGUCACGUGGUGUCCACUGCAAGCAUGCGAUCUUCCAUCAUCGGAGACGACAUCGAGGAGAUGGGGGUGUGUUUUCUCCACGCCCUCCCGCCCCAUGACGCUUCAUCGAUCACCGAGCUUCUCGAUGCCUACGGCGACGUGUUCGAAGGCCCGCACGGAGUAGUACCGGAUUGGUCCAUCCGCCACGAGGUCAUCCUCGAGGACGAGGCUGUACCUCCGCGUGGUUGCAUCUACCGAAUGAGCGAGGAAGAGUUAAGUGUGCUACGGGCACAACUCGGCGACCUUCUGGAGAAAGGCUGGAUUCGGCCUAGCUCAUCGCCAUAUCGUGCUCCCGUUCUCUUCGUCUGGAAGAAGAACAAGGAUCUGCGGUUGUGCAUCGAUUAUCGCAAGCUCAACGCGCAAACGGUCAAGAACGCCGGCCCUCUUCCACGCAUCGACGACCUCCUCGAACGGUUGGGCGGCGCCAAGUUCUUCUCCAAGCUAGACCUCAAAUCGGGAUAUCACCAACUCGAGAUCCGACAGGAGGACCGCUACAAGACCGCGUUUAAGACGCGAUAUGGGCACUUCGAAUGGCUGGUUAUGCCUUUUGGCCUUACGAAUGCCCCGACCACAUUCCAAGCGGCUAUGACAACGGAGUUCCGACACAUGCUGGGUCGAUUCGUACUUAUUUACCUAGACGACAUUUUGGUGUACAGUCGGAGUUUGGACGAGCAUGUGGAACACCUGCACACCUACUUGGGACAUUAUAAGACGCCGCAAGUCAUCCGUCCGCUUGCGGACAAGAUCGAGGCCAUCCGCGUAUGGCCCAAGCCCACCAACACCACGGACGUCCGUUCAUUCAUGGGGUUGGCGGGCUACUAUCAGCGAUUCAUCACCGGGUACUCAAGGAUUGCUGCACCUAUGACGAGAUUACAAUCGCCAAAGGUGCCAUUCGUAUUCGAUGAUGACGCACGCCGGUCAUUCCAAGCACUUAAGACGGCCAUGCUCAUGGCACCCGUCCUUAGCAUGUAUGACCCCACCCUGCCUACAAGAGUGACAACUGACGCUUCCGGCUACGGCAUUGGGGCAGUCUUGGAACAACACGACGGCGACGACUGGCACCCUAUGGAGUAUUUCAGCCACAAAGUGCCCCCCAUCAAUUCGCUUGAUGAUGCAAGGAAGAAGGAGCUGCUCGCGUUCGUGAUGGCUCUCAAGCGAUGGCGGCACUUCCUCCUUGGGCGUCGUAGGUUCACAUGGGUCACGGACAACAACCCAUUGACCUACUACAAGACGCAGGAUACGGUGAGCAGCACGAUCGGACGAUGGAUGUACUUCAUCAACCAAUUCGACUUCACACCGAAACACCUCCCCGGCCUCUCCAAUCGCGCAGCAGAUGCACUCUCGCGAAGACCCGAUCUUUGCGCUAUGACACAUCAUGCCUUCGCAUUCGACGAGGAACUCCAGUGACACUUCAUCCGGGCUAUGAGUCUGAUCCGGACUUCGCCACCUUGUAUGCACAACUAUCUUUAGAUCACCCGCCGGCCAGCCACUAUCGCAUUGCCGACGGGUACUUGCUCCUCCACUCAAGAGGUAAGGACUUACUAUGUGUCCCAUGAGACCGUCGUCUUCGGACUCGCCUUCUCGGCGAGUAUCAUGAUUCGCUACUCGCCGGCCAUUUCGGAGCCAACCGCACUAUUGCACGGCUUCG